AUGGCUAGAAAAGAAGUUGUCUCAAAAGUUAAAUCUUUAAUUGAAUCAAAUAGCAUCUUUAUUGCUUCAAAAACUUAUUGUCCAUUUUGUCAAGAAACUUUAGCUACUUUUAAAGAUUUAAAUGUUCAACCUUAUAUCUUACAAUUAAACACUAUUGAUGAUGGUUCAGAUAUUCAAGAUGCUUUAGCUGAAAUCACUGGUCAAAAAACCGUUCCAAAUGUCUUUAUUGAUGGUAAACAUAUUGGUGGUAAUUCUGAUGUUCAAUCUUUAAAACGUUCAGGUGAAUUGAAAAAAGCUUUAAAAUUAUAG